GAGAGUGGACGGCAGUACGGUUGAUCGUCGGGUAGCGUUCGUAUCGUUGUGUCGUGUGUGAAAGGAAACAACGGCAAUUUCAGUUGUAUUGAGAGAAACAGUGCGGACUCGAAUUGGAACGUGCGCGCGCGUUAAAUCUUAUAAUUUUUUCGGAGUGUACUAUCUUUUCUCUUUCGACAUGGUAGUAGAAGCUUACCGUUACACGCGUGACCUUACUGUAAAGAUCUUUACACGAUAUUUUAUUUCGGCGUGAAACAAUAAGUGCCUUUUCGUAUGGUUAAGUGUUACAAGCGUUACACGAACAGUGGAUGGAAGAGAGCGUCAUCGUUUAUCUGGGAUCGAGACAGAAGAGAUUUUUCUUCGAAGGACGAUUUGACAAUACAUAGUCGGUAUUGCAAGGUUAGAUUAGCGAGAAUGGGGGGUAGCCUGCCAAGCGGAUGGAUGAGGAGGAUUCUCCUCUUCCUCGUUUUGAUAACCGGCGUACUUCUUAUUGCCAUGUACGCGCAUGCACCGCCACUUGCCUCGUUGCAGCCCUUCACGACACGUCGAUUGGAAGAAUUCGAACAGGGAUUGGUAACCUUCUUGGUCGAAAAUGAGAGCACCAAAAAUCCUGAGGAUCGUCUAUACGAGUACUUUGAUGUGUCAAGGAAAAAGAACUCUACCGGACGUGAUAAACGGACAGUUUUUCAAAGUCCUUGGUCAUGGAUUUGUGUAGCUGGUCGUUGCGAGAGAAGAGCCGUAAAAUCGUCGAAAGUAUCUUUGGCAACUUGUACAGCCCUUUGCGGUGGUAACACUCGUCUUCUGUGGCCAAGACCUACGGGAAAUGUCAUUUUAGGGGAUGAAAGUGUGACAAUGCAUUUACAACAAAUCGAAUUCGUCACGUUGAAUACGAGUGAUCGUGACGUUAAAACUUUGUUGGAGUAUGCCAAAGAUGUUUUCUUAGGAAACAUAAGAAGUUUAAUUCGAGUGUCAAAUGCCAAAGGUAGAUCAGGAAUCGAUAGUUUUGUGAUAUAUUUGAGUGCUGGCAAUUCACGUGGGACCAAAUUGACCAUGGACACGGACGAGUCGUACAACCUGGAAUUAUUUUUGAAGGGUAAAGUUUUGGAAGCACGUAUAACGGGAAAAAGUUACUACGGUGUACGUCACGGAUUGGAAACGCUAGGACAAAUGAUAUGGUGGGACGAGACAGCCGAAAGGCAAGGUUCACUACGUGUACUAUCGCGUGCGUUCAUCGAGGACAAGCCAGUAUUUUCAUAUCGUGGUCUGCUCGUCGACACAGGGAGACAAUUCUUCGGGAUCGAGCAAUUAAAAAGAUUGAUCGACGGUAUGGCUGCCUCGAAACUGAACACCUUUCAUUGGCACCUAACGGAUUCUCAGAGCUUCCCCUUUGACUCGGUACAGUUUCCGGAAAUGGCCAGAUGGGGUGCUUACAGUGGGGAUCAAGUUUACACACCCGAUGACGUUAAAGAUCUAGCCGAUUACGCAAGAAUACGUGGAGUUAGGGUACUUGUUGAGAUUGAUUCUCCUGCUCAUGCUGGUGCUGGUUGGCAAUGGGGAGCUGAACACGGUUAUGGCGAGCUAGCACUUUGCGUUGACCAACAACCUUGGACGUCGUAUUGCGGUGAACCAAACUGCGGUCAGUUAAAUCCGAUAAACGAGCACUCCUAUAGAAUACUCGAAGGUCUCUACAGAGAAUUAUUGGACUUGACCGAAGUACGGGAUAUCAUUCACCUUGGAGGAGAUGAGGUUAAUCUUGAUUGUUGGGCACAGUAUGGUAAUAUAACUGCAGCUAUGCAAGCACAAAAUAUGACCGAUCAUCAUGCUAUGUGGGCGGAAUUCGAAACGAAAAUGUUACAACGUUUGGUUAAGGCAAAUCACGACGAGGUACCAAAAGCAGUCAUUUUGUGGAGUUCACCACUUACCAAACGUCCAUACAUUACUACUUAUUUCGAUCCUAAGAUACACGUCAUUCAAUCCUGGGGUGGUAGCAAUUGGCUCGAAACUUCUGAUCUUUUAGAAGAUGGUUUUAGAGUUAUAUUGUCUCACGUAGAUGCGUGGUAUUUGGAUUGUGGAUUUGGUAGAUGGAGGGAAACCGGUGAAGCUGCCUGUGGCGAGUAUCGUACCUGGCAAACGGUUUACAAUCACAGACCUUGGAAGGAAUAUCAUCAGCAACAGAUAAGUUUAAUUCUUGGUGGGGAAGCUGCAAUUUGGAGCGAACAAAUGGGUCAGGCUUCUUUAGGACCAAGAGUUUGGCCAAGAGCAUCUGCUCUUGCUGAAAGAUUAUGGAGCGACUUACCAAGUAGCGGUUUUUCGACCGACGAAAGUGUGUACACGAGGUUAGCUGCUCACAUCGAAGUAUUAACAAGUCGAGGAAUCAAAACUGAAGCCAUGUGGCCACAAUGGUGUUCUCAGAAUCCUGGUAAAUGCCUCUGACCGAUCGUCAGAUGAUUGAUAACGAGCGUUAUUCUAUUUUAUGGAUCGUUGAGAUCGAUUGCUGCUACGAUAGAAUGCUAGAAAGAAACCAAAACGGAAGGCCAUCAUUUCUUGACGGAACGCUUAAGCAUCGAGAAAAGGAAAGAAAUGGAAAUUCAAAUCACAAUGAUAAUAAUGAUGAUGAUUAUUAUUAUUAUUAUUAAGUCUCGAGUGUGUAGCAUUUUUGCUAGAAUUUUCUUAUUGAAAAAAAAUAUAAAAGACAUCGAUUUUUCAUCGAUGUGAUGAUGAUGAUACUCUCGUGACUGCCAUGAAUCCUCGUGUUUGCGUUUACGAUACUUGCUAUACAUAAGAAUAAGUAUAAGAAGAAACAGAAGAAGAAGAAGAAGAAGAAGGUGGUGAUGAUACACGAUAAAAAAAAAUGGCCUCCUAGAUGAUAAGAUAAAAAAAAAACAGGGACGUUUUUCGAUGGAUUAA